AUGACAAAAAGAGAUUUAAAAGUCAUCCGUCUUGACCUCACUCAAGCUACAUUUCAGGAUAUAGAAGCAAAGCUCGAAUGGCUAGGAAAUUCAAAUAGGCAACCCGGUACACUACCGAGCAAUACCCAGCAAAAUCCUAGGCCUCAGCAGAAUAACCAAGGAUCCGGACAAAAGUAUAGCCAUCUGAAUGCUCGAAAUGAGCAAGUCAAUGCGAUCACAAUAAGAGCAGGUAAUACUUAUAAUUUUGCAAAUCCUUUGCCUAAUGAUAUUACUCCUCUUGUGCAGGUUGAAGCCGAUGAAGCUGUUGAUGAUGAGAUUGAGAUGGAGCCGAACCCAGCCGUGAAGACACCGGCCGUUCCAUCCAAGACUGUUGAGAAACCACCCGUUAAGCCGUAUCAGCCGAAGAUACCUUUUCCUCAACGAUUGAGGAAAGCGAAGAUCAAGGAGAAUUUCAAGAAGUUUGUUGAGUUGAUUCAAAAUGUUAACAUUACUAUUCCUCUAGUUGAUCUUCUUGCAGGUAUGCCUGAUUAUGCAAAGUUUCUCAAGGAACUCAUUACGGAUAAAAAGAAGUUGGAAGAGGCAAAGACGGCAGUCAUGAGUGUCGAGUGUUCCGCCAUCAUCAAGAACGAGAUUCCUCCUAAGUUGGAAGAUCCAGGGAGUUUUCUUAUCUCUUAUUCUUUUGGUGUUAGUUUGUAUAAGGCAUUGGCCAAUCUUGGGGCUAGCAUUAAUUUGAUGCCUUAUUCUGUUUAUAAAAGAUUGUCGUUAGGUGAAUUGACCCCUACCCGCAUGAGCAUUAGGCUUGCAGACCGUUCAUUCCAAUAUCCCAUGGGGAUAGCGGAAAAUUUACAAAUUAAGGUGGGUCAUAUGAUUUUCCUAGUAGAUUUUGUUAUUCUUGAGAUGGAGGUGGAUGUUAAUGUGCCUCUAAUUCUUGGUCGACCCUUCCUUAUGACCGCGGAUGCUAUCAUCCGGGUUAAGGCUAAGGAGAUUUCCUUAGGUGUCGGAGAAGACCGGGUAGUUUUUAAUGUUGAUAGGGCUCUUAAGCAUCCUUACUCAUGUGAUGAAUCUUGUUUUAGGAUAGAUGUUAUUGAAGAAGAAGAAGAAGAAGAAGAAUAA